AAAAGUCCGCCUUUACAAGCUCCAUAAUAAUGGCGAAAUAAGCUUUUCUCAAUCCUUAUACACGCAAUCUGCUGACAAACCUCCAAUUUUUAUUUUUUUUCCAUUCGUCGUAUUUAAUCCAAUUGCUCACCACCUGUCUUUUCUCAUUCCCAGAAAAAUUUUCUUUUCUUUCUUCAUAUAUAUAUAUUUUUUUCUCGACUCUCAAGCUCUCCCUUUCCCUGAAUCUGCAAGAAACAAAGAAAUCGGCUAGGAUCGCAAUUCUGCUAGAUUGAUUACACCCCAGUUACGAACAUGGUGCUAUCUACGUUACAGAGCUUGAAACAUUGCUUAUCGGAGCACCCAUCAAUAGUAAACUUCCGGUGGAGCAUUACCCAGACAUGGGGUUCCACCUGGUUUUUCAUCUUCUCGGCUAUAUCCAUCUACAUCUCCGCCUCCAUUACUCUCCACCUCUUCCUCUCCAUCCUCCUCAGCCGUAAACGCCGGGUGCCACUCGGCCCCAUCCCAGCAAUCCACAGUCUGACUGUGGCGUUAAUCUCAGCCUUCAUUUUCAUCGGCUUACUUUUCUCAACCGCAGCCGAGAUCCGUGACACACGAUGGUUCUGGCGCCGUACGAAAACCACCACUGCCUUCCAGUGGCUUCUCUGUUUCCCACUUGGGACUCGCCCCACCGGCCGAGUCUUCUUCUGGUCUUACGCUUUCUAUCUGUCCAGAUUCCUUCACUUGUUCCGUACAUUCUUCACAAUCCUCCGUUAUCGUAAACUCUCCUUCUUUACUCUCUUCAACCAAUCCAUUCUCUUGUUCAUGUCCUUUCUCUGGCUCGAAUUCUCUCAAUCUUUUCAAGUGUUGGCGAUUCUUCUAACAACUUUAUUAUACUCUGUUGUUUAUGGGUACCGAUUCUGGACGGCAAUAGGGUUGCCAAGGGCACAUUUUCUUUUUGUAGCGAACUGUCAAGUUGUGCUGUUGGGUUGCAAUCUGGUCUGCCAUUUUGGGGUUCUAUUCUUGCAUUUCUUGAAAGGUGGAUGCAAUGGGAUGGUGGCUUGGGGUUUGAAUUCUGUAUUAAAUGGCAUGAUUCUACUGUUGUUUUUGAGAUUUUACGUGAAGGUGCAUUUGAUUAAGAAGAAGGCUCGCGCAGUGAUGGGUGAGUUUAAGGACUCUGCUUCGGAGAUAAAAAAGGCAAGUUGAUGAGUUAAGCUGAACUGGGUUUGCUGGGUUCAUUUGUACAGAAACGGUUUCUUGAGUCUGAACAUGCAAUUUCGUAGGAACUUGAAAGCAGGGUGUUUGCAAAGGUUUCAGAUGUUGCUUGAUGCAGCCAACGAGGUAGGAGGAGCGGUAAUGGUUUGAACAACAUCAGCAAUUUUGCUGGGUCAACGCCAUGAAAGGGCAAGCAGCCCAUCUUUUAUUUCUUUUUUUUUUUUUUAAAU